CUACCCACCACAGCCCUGAGAACAAGAAGCUUCAGUCAUGGCGAAGGAAAAAGCAGUUUUAUCCCAGAGCGGGGAGGUGGAAGAACGGAUCCUCAUGGAGCCUUAUGAGUACAUCUGUCAGGUCCCCGGGAAACAGAUUCGGCUGCAGCUGAUCGAAGCGUUCAACUACUGGCUGCAGAUUCCGCAGGACAAGCUUCAGACCAUCAGUAACGUGGUGCAGAUGUUACACAACGCCAGUCUGCUCAUCGAUGACAUCGAAGACAACUCCAAACUCAGGCGGGGCAUCCCGGUCGCUCACAGCAUCUACGGUACAGCUCACACCAUCAACUGUGCCAACUACGUGUACUUUAAAGGACUGGCGACAGUACUGAUGUUAAACCACCCAGAAUGUACCCGCAUCUUCACUGAACAGUUGUUAGAACUGCACCAGGGACAGGGGAUGGACAUCUACUGGAGAGACACCACCACGUGUCCCACGGAGGAGGAAUACAAGGUCAUGGUCAAGAAGAAGACGGGCGGACUGUUCGGAUUGGCGGUGAAACUCAUGCAGCUGUUCAGCGACAACAAGAGCGACUUUGUCCCGCUGUCCGACACGCUCGGCCUGUACUUCCAAAUAAGGGACGACUUCGCCAACCUCAUGUCCAAAGAGUACACCGAGAACAAGAGCUACUGCGAGGACCUGACGGAGGGGAAGUUCUCGUUCCCGAUCAUCCACGGCGUUCACCACGAGCAGGGCACGACACAGAUCCUCAGUAUCCUCCGCCAGAAGACCACCGACUUGGACGUCAAGAAAUACUGUGUGGACUACUUACAGAAGUUAGGUUCUUUUGAGUACACCAAAGACGUGUUGUCAGACCUGGAGGAACAGGCAGUGCAACAGAUCCAGGCACACGGAGGGAACCCGUACCUGUCUGCCAUGAUGGUGGAACUAUGUAAGGUGCACAAACAGCAGGCUGCACAGCAACAGCACUAGUGUUUAGUUGUAAAUACUGCUGGAAUAAGCCAGGUUUACAUUAGGGGUGGGUACAGGUUAGCUUGAUGGGGUCCUAGUCUAGAUCCAAGUCAAGAGGAUCAGGUCUGGACAUAAUUAUAAUAUUAGGCCACACCAAGUAAAUUUUAUGGAUGACGUCCACGCGCGCAUUGAUUUUGGCAUGUUCCUAGAAAAAAAAACAAGAAAUUCCGCUUCCUGUAACUAUGACCAAAGAGUCACGACAGUGCCGCAAGUUGUCAGAUUGAGGUGAAACCCGUAGAAGAAAGUGUCUAUUACCAGCCUGUUUUCACUGUCCAUGGUUCCACCUGAUUUAUUGCUGUUUUAA